AUGGGCUUCUUCUCACGAUCGCGGUCAUCACGCACCGAUGUCGACCGUCAAACCGUCGCCAACACAGCAGCCAACACACCCGAGCCUCCCGCAUACAGUCCACCAGCAUCAAUGCUCAAGACGAAGUCUCGCGUUUCAACGACCUCCAGCACAUCCUCAUCCCGGCCGUCUAUGAAGUCUCGCAGAUCAAGCAAGAUGUCCGACGGAACAACGUCAGAUAUUACCAGCCUCAUUGACAGCCGCAAUCCGCACAAACGUGAGAAGCCCAACAGGCACAACUCUCACGAUCAACAUCUGAUUGACUGCUGGAAGCAGGCGAAUGGCCACCAUUACUCCACUGGGCAAGACAGCACCAGCCCUCCAGUAUUCUGGAGUUGGAGCUGA